AUGGCGAGUGACAACAAGAUAUUGGCUGUUUGUUCGGGCAAGAAUAACGAAUUAAAGAUUUAUGAGAUCGAAACAAACGUCUACGAGAAAGCGGACGACUUCGCUAAGACACUUGAUCAUUUCUUCCAAAUUCCACUUUCUGGAAAUGACAUAAGUCUUAAUUAUGAGCCUGUUGACUUUGGAAGGCCUAUGCUACAAUUGAGAAGAAGAACGACCUCAUUGAACUUGAGAUCAUCCUUGAAUGAGAGACAAAUUCACACAUUAAUGCCAAUGUGGACUUCAUCAUUGACCCGUGAGGAGUAUGUAUACCAUACAUCGCCUAUGGAUUCUAUAUCUAACUGGAUUGUUUCCAUAUGUGUAAUGCCUAAUGAUUCUGGAAUGAUAAUAUGUGGCACUCAGUUCGGCAGUAUUAUUGUUUACGAUAUAGAUGAAGAUACUACUCCUUCUAAAGUAAUGAAUUUGUCACAAUUUUCAAUAACAACCCUAAAACUUUUUAACAACAAUAAGUUCUUACUAUGGACCGAUUCGAUUUCAAAAGCUGGAGUCAUCAAGUUAUCAAAUUUCAAAACUACCAACUCGUACGACCAUUUAAAGAUUGGACCCAUGUCAUCGUGCAAGGCUAUUGUAAAUAAUGCAUCUACUUCAAGAAAGCUUAAUCAGGAGAGCACCCUUUCAUAUUUUGAUCCUAUUUAUUUGAUGUGCUCAGUGGUUGAUAAACGGCUAGUGAUUUACAAACUUUACGACGAUAACACUUAUGAAUUAAUUUUUAAUCUUCAAACUGAUACAUUGAUUCCUGCAAUGAAUCUUUUAGCCCAGAAUGAUAGUGAAUAUCUGCUAAUUGAUUCGCUCAUCAAUGGGGCUGAGUUUGACUCUACUAGUCAUGUAACUACGCCAAAGAGAAGAAGUGAGUGUCUUGUACCGAAGUCGAAUCCGAAGCUUAAUGUACUUGUUCCAAUCAACCCAACGAACCACCUCGAAGAUAGCGAUAAUAAAAUUUGCAAGAGUGGUAGCGAUACCUCCAACAAUAUUAGAAAUGAGAAUGAUUUUGAUUACAAUGAUAAGAACGAUAACGAUAACGAAAAUGAUAACGAGAACAAUAACGAAAAUGAUAACGAUAACGAUAAAGAUAACGAUACGCAAUACAAUAAUAUUAAUGAAGGAUAUGUUGGUCAAGUCAAGUCUUGGAUUAAAUAA